GGCACGUAUUUCACGUGUUGCGCAUGUAGGACCCGUGGGAGGACCUUGUAGUCCACAAUGGCGGCGCCCAAAGGAACUUUAAACUGUGAGGACUUUUCAAUGUUUCAGGAUGUCCUGAAGGUGAUGCGUAACAUAGAUGACCGUAUUGUCCAUUCUCUCAACACCACCGUGCCGACUGUCUCCUUCUCAGGCAGAGUGGACGCCUCCCAGACAUGCAGAAAGCUCUAUGAGUCUCUGAUGGAGGCCCACCUGAGCAGAGACCGAGCCAUUAAGACGUGUAUAGCCCAGACCUCUGAGGUGGUGGGCCAGCUGAGAGAGCAGAGAGCCAAGGACGGAGACAACAUGACAACUGUCAAACUACUCAGGAAGGAACAGACCAAGUUAAAACUCAUGCGGUCGGAGCUGAAUGUCGAAGAGGUUGUUAAUGACAGAAGUCUGAAGGUGUUCAGUGAACGGUGCCGGACCCACUACACGCCUCCUACGGUCAAGUGACUAUCUGAGCUGCUCUGGUGAGAAUGGCUGCAGAUCCAGGUGGCUGCAUCAGGACCAGAACCAGACCGAGCCAUUGAGUCAUCCGUGGACUUGCCCUGAGGGACCCCUGCCCUUCAGCCGACCACACUGUUAUCAUCCAUGGGGAACACUGCGUUGCCUCACAACAAGGCCACCUCUGUCAAGCAAUCUGCUCUGUUUAUUUUCAUGAUUGUAGUUUUUAUUUGAAUUUUUUUAAACAAUGAAGUGUUUUCCAAUGGCC